GUUGUGGUUGACACAAGAUGAGAGCUCCUGCUGGCGAUUACACAGUCAGACUGACAGUUUCCACAACACAUGGUCGAGUUCUUGAAGGACUCUUAACGUUUUAGGUAGCUCCGCACAGAAUAAACAGAACGGAGCAGAGCCCCACAGGCAUCUUUAACUGGUUUCUGAUCAGCGUCAGUCAGUGAAGGAUGGACUUAAUCAAACUGGUGUUCAUCAGAAAACACAGCGUCUCUUCAGAUCACUGAUGAUGAUCCACAUGCUGCAAUAUCACCUGACCGAGGCGAUAUUCUUUGACCAAGACUGUCCUUGAGCAGAUGCCACGAUGUCUUGUAAUGAAACUAAUGGAAAUGGGAGUUCAGGUCAGCCGUUGGACCUGCUUACCUGCAUCCUUAUAGGGGCCCUGUCCUUCACCAUCCUGGUGCUCAUACUGCUGGGGAUCCUGUCUCUCAGAAAAUAUCGCUCUUUGGUUCAGACCAUCCGAGACCUACAGCGGAGCAAGCUCCUUUCGGGUACCGUUCCCCAUCCGGAGGCUCCCAUCAUGCCUGUGAGGCCGGUCCCAGCGUCGGUGGAGGAGGAGGAGGACGCACCUCCUCCCCAAAUUCCUCUGCAGCAGAGCAGCACAGUCAGACUUUCCUCCAGGAGGCUGUGGAAAAGCCUGCAGCAGGGUCCUCGUUUCACCAAGUCAGACCUGAACCUGCUGCAGCUGAUCAAGGCAGGGAAGGAGGGAGUCUUCUACCAGGCCAGGAUGACCAGAGGGACGUGUAAAGGCCACAGCCUGUUCACCUGCAAGAUCAGCAAGGAAGGCGUCCGUUCCAAGCAUGUGGACACAGAGAUCUCCAUCAUGAGAAAGCUGGUGCACCAUAAGAACAUCCUCCAGUUACUGGACUGGAACACCACUGAGGAGCCCUACAUUCUGAUCAUGGAGUAUGUGAGCUAUGGCACUCUGAGGACCUUCCUGCAGACCAACAGAGUCCACCUCAGUGCAGACCCGGAGCUGCAGAGCCUCCUCACCAUCGCCUCCUACCACAUCGCUCUGGCUCUGCAACAUCUGCGCUCCAAAAUGAUUGUUCACUGUGACUUGGCUCUGAGAAACAUCAUGGUCAAUAAGUUUCCCUGGGAGGUGAAGGUGGCGGAGUUUGGCCUGGCCCGAGACUUAACACGCAUGAGGAGCCGCCGCAGCAGCCGCUGGAGGAACCCACGGCAGCGUGUGCCCCUGCGCUGGUACCCACCUGAGUACUUCAAGAACAACUAUUACAGCUUCAAGGGAGAUGUGUGGGCAUUUGGCAUUGUGCUGUGGGAGAUGCAGACAUUUGGUACUCUCCCAUACCCAAACCUGGAGACAUCAGAGUCAGUGGUGUACCACAUCUGUAUUGGUCAUAAGAACACAAACCCUGAAGGCUGCAGGCCAGAAAUACUUCACAUCAUCCAAGAUUGUUGGCUGGAGCCAUACACUCUGAGGCCCUCAUUCACAGACAUUGUGGGCAUGCUGGAGACCAUCAUUGAAACCGAUGCGGAUUAUGUGGAUGUUGAGAGUUCGCAGCUGUUGGUGAAAGAUGAGGCUGAAUAUCACGAAGCUCAGCGUCUACUAGCGGCAGGCAGCACCUCGGAAAAUACACAUCCAGUCUGAGUUGACUCAGUUGACUCUGGGAUCAGAUCGAGUGAUAUUCCCAGCAGUUAUGAACUUUUUAAGUCAUAUUUAAAUAAGACAACAGCACAGUGAUCACCCAUAAACAACUCAACAGAGAGCAAAUACAGUAUAAAUACAGCUGGAGCUUAGUUUAAUGUCAAAUGGAUGGUAAAAAAUUAUGUACUUAUUUGUUUGACACUGUUAAUUAGUAAAUUAGUCAUGUUUUAUGUUUCUACUUUACCUUUGGUUUUCUUUUAUAUUCCAUCCUGUUUUUUGUUGACUCAGUGAGUCGUUAACCUAUUUAUUAUUUUUUUUAAUGUAUUUCACACUUUGAAUGAAUGUUAAUUAUUUUUCUCAAAACUUUUGUUAAGUUAAAGUAUAUUUUAAGUACAUACUUGUCUUACAGUGGUAUUAUUACUUUCACCUAAGAAGAGUAUCUCAAUACUUUCUCCAUCACUGAAUGAGUAUACCGUUUGAGUAUGUGUGUCAACUGUAUAUAUAAAUAUGUGUUCAAACGCAGGCAAACAAAUAUACAUUUUAUUUUAUAC